CUAAUGCAUGACUUACUAUGAAUACAGGUAUACAGCAAUUAGAAAAUGCUGCUGGACUAUAUUGGUGUUGAGAAAUAUCCAAUAUUCUUUUACCAAUAUUAUAUUUGCUACGUAAACACAGGAAUGAUCUCCUUUGACGAUAAUAUCAAUUAUGGUUUCCUCAUAAAUCCAAUAUUCUGGUUUGCUUCCUAUUUUCGUAUGCUGUUUCUGCCAUAAAUAAUCAAAUACAACUUUAUUCCUAAGCCGGCUCCCUUAGAAAUUACCUAUGUCUUUGUUUUCCUAUAUUAGUUUAUCACUUUCUUUUUUCCUCUGCUCAUAAUAUAUAUAGCAUUGUCCUUUUAAGUCCAAAUCAUCCAAAAUAAACCUUCUCUAAGUGUUGUAUGAUGAUACAAAGAUCAACCAUGAUUUGCACUUUUAUCUUCUCUAUUGCUUUAUUGUUGAGUUUCCAUUUGACGAUUGCUCGACGUUCCGAUUUGCAAACUUACCUUGUCAAUGUAAAUAAGCCAGAUGCCGGAGUUCUGGCUAAUUCAGCUGAUCUAGAAAGCUACUACAACUCCUUUUUACCAGAAGAGUUUGCUGGCACGGACGUGCCAUCACGCAUUAUUCACUCCUAUCACCAUGUGGCCGUUGGCUUUGCAGCCAAAUUGUCAGCUGAGGAGGUAAAAGCAAUGAAAAAGAAAGAUGGUUUUGUGUCCGCGAGGGUUGAGAAGAUUUUGGCUUUGCAUACAACGCACACUCCAAACUUUUUGGGGUUGUACCAAAAUUAUGGGUUUUGGCAAGAAUCAAAUUACGGUGAAGGGGUGAUCAUUGGAGUUCUAGACACUGGGAUUACUCCGGGCCAUCCUUCUUUUUCUGAUGAUAACAUGCCACCUCCACCGGCAACAUGGAAAGGGAAAUGCGAGUUCACAGGAAAUGUGACAUGUAACAAGAAGCUCAUUGGUGCGAGGAAUUUUGUGGGAGGCUCAAGUGAUCCACCUAUUGAUCUGGAUGGCCAUGGCACACAUACUUCAAGUACGGCAGCUGGUAACUUUGUCGAUGAUGCAAAUGUGUUUGGAAAUGCCAAUGGAACAGCAGCCGGCAUGGCGCCACUUGCUCACAUUGCCAUGUACAAGGUGUGUACAGAAGGUUGUUCAGAUGUUGAUAUAUUGGCUGGACUGGAUGCUGCAAUAGACGAUGGUGUUGAUGUGCUAUCUCUCUCCAUUGGUGGAUAUUCCGCUCCUUUUUAUGAAGAUAAUAUUGCCACUGGGGCUUUUGCUGCAAUGCAAAAGGGUAUCUUCGUGAGCGCUUCUGCUGGUAAUGACGGUCCACUAAAUUCUACAUUAUCUAAUGAGGCUCCUUGGAUUCUCACUGUUGGCGCUAGCACCCAUGAUAGGAAGAUAAUGGCAACAGCUUUGUUAGGAAACGGACAAGAAUACGAUGGUGAAUCAGCUUUUCAGCCUGCAGAUUUUCCUCAUACUUUAUUGCCCUUGGUAUAUCCUGGCUUGUCCGAUCAAGAGGCUGCACUUUGUUCAUCAGGAUCACUAAAUAACACCAAUGUCAAAGGCAAGGUUGUCGUGUGUGACAGAGGUGGCGGUGUAGCAAGACUUGAAAAAAGCCAAACGGUAAAGGAUGCGGGUGGUGCUGCCAUGAUUCUUGUCAAUCUAGAAAUUGACGGAGAUGGCACAUUCGCCGAUCCUCACGUUAUUCCCGCGACACAUGUGAGUUAUACUGAUGGAAAAAAGAUUAAAGUGUACAUAAAUUCAACCUCGACACCCUCGGCAGGAAUCCUUUUCAAAGGCACUAGAAUAGGCUUUAGGAUUUCACCAUCUGUAUCAUCUUUUUCCUCCAGGGGACCUAACUUGGCAAGUCCAGGCAUAGUCAAACCGGACAUUGUGGGUCCCGGAGUGAACAUACUUGCUGCAUGGCCCGUCUCGGUGGAGAACAAAACCAGCACUGAUUUGACAUUUAAUAUCAUCUCAGGAACCUCAAUGUCUUGUCCUCACCUUAGUGGCAUUGCAGCUUUGCUUAAAAGUGCUCACCGUGAUUGGUCGCCAGCUGCUAUUAAAUCCGCGAUAAUGACCACAGCUGAUCAGUUCAACAUUGAAGGUAAACCCAUCCUUGAUCAGAGGGAUCUACCUGCUGAUGUUUUUGCCAUUGGUGCCGGCCAUGUUAAUCCAUCAAAAGCAAGUGAUCCAGGACUUAUUUAUGACAUCAAAGUUGAGAACUACAUCCAAUAUCUAUGCGGUCUAGGCUACAAAGAAAAAGAUAUUGGGCUACUUGUGCAACACACUGUCAAGUGUUCGCUACAAUCAAGUAUAUCUGAGGCAGAACUGAACUAUCCUUCUUUCUCCAUUAUACUUGGACCCGAGACUCAAAAUUAUACAAGAACAGUUACAAACGUUGGUGAUGCAAGCUCAACUUACGCAGCUAACAUCACUCAAAUCCAAGGAGUUGAUAUAGUUGUCGAGCCCGCCACACUUGUCUUCACUCAGGUGAACCAACAGGCGACAUAUUCAGUAUCAUUUACCCAAACGGAUGAAAUCACCGACCGUUUUGUUCAAGGAGCUAUAUCAUGGAUCUCUAACAAGUAUGUUGUUAGAAGUCCAAUAUCUGUUAAAUUGGAAUAAGGGGCUACAAGGGAUAUAACAUGUUUCGGAAGUGGACUUGUGAUUGCCAUUUCCCAUGCACACUAGCAAUCUUUAUGUUUGUUUCUGUAAUAAUAGUAGGUUGCAGCUAUUCUGGAUAGCUGAAAACUACAAAAAUGUUGUAUUUAAUGAGACUUUAAAGAUUUUACUCUUUCCUAAUCAUCCUAAAAUAAUAAA